GCGGACGGGCGGGGCGAGGCGGCGCCACCUCUUCCUCCCGCGCGCCCCGCGGAGCCCCGCCGGAGCCGAGCCCGAGCAGCGCGGAGCCCCGCCGGAGGCGCUGCGCUCGGCCCCUGACCGACCCGACUGUGCGCCGGCCGCGCCCCCGCCCGUUCAGCAGGAUGUCGGUGAAGGAGGGGGCGCAGCGCAAGUGGGCGGCGCUGAAGGAGAAGCUGGGGCCGCAGGACUCGGACCCCACGGAGGCCAACCUGGAGAGCGCCGACCCCGAGCUGUGCAUCCGGCUGCUGCAGAUGCCCUCCGUGGUCAACUACUCGGGCCUGCGCAAGCGGCUGGAGAGCAGCGACGGUGGCUGGAUGGUGCAGUUCCUGGAGCAGAGCGGCCUGGACCUGCUGCUCGAGGCCCUGGCGCGCCUGUCCGGCCGCGGCGUGCCCCGCAUCGCCGACGCCCUGCUGCAACUCACCUGUGUCAGCUGUGUGCGUGCCGUCAUGAACUCGCAACAGGGCAUCGAGUAUAUCCUCAGCAACCAGGCCUACGUGCGCCAGCUCUCCCAGGCUCUGGACACAUCCAACGUGAUGGUCAAGAAGCAGGUGUUUGAGCUGCUGGCUGCCCUGUGCAUCUACUCGCCCGAGGGCCACAUGCUGGCCCUGGAUGCUCUAGACCACUACAAGACGGUGGGCAGCCAGCAGUACCGCUUCAGUGUCGUCCUGAACGAGCUCGCGGACAGCGACAAUGUGCCCUACCUGGUCACGCUGCUCAGUGUGGUCAACGCCGUCAUCCUGGGCCCUGAGGACCUCCGUGCACGUGCCCAGCUGCGCAGCGAGUUCAUCGGACUGCAGCUGCUGGACGUUCUGACACGGCUGCGGGACCUGGACGAUGCCGACCUGCUGAUCCAGCUGCAGGCCUUCGAGGAGGCCAGGGCUGAGGACGAGGAGGAGCUGCUGCGUGUCUGCGGCGGCAUCGACAUGAACAGCCACCAGGAGGUCUUCGCCUCCGUGUUUCACAAGGUGAGCUGCUCCCCAGCAUCUGCCCAGCUGCUGUCCAUGCUGCAGGGCCUCCUGUACCUGGAGCCCACCCGCCCGUCCUGCCAGCUGCUCUGGGAGGCUCUGGAGGGCCUGGUGAACCGGGCCGUGCUCCUGGCCAGUGACACCCAGGAAUGCACCCUAGAGGAGGUGACCGAGCGGCUCCUGUCUGUCAAGGGGCAGCCCCGGCCCAGCUCCCUGAACAAAGCCCACAAGAGUGUCCAGGCUGAUCUAGGCCAGAGUCGGGGCAGCUCCCCCCAGAAUACUGGUGCCCCAAAGGCAGGGGUAGAAGGUCGGCAGCCAGCCACAGCCCUCGCCUCCCAGCCCGUGGUCAGCAUGCAGAGUGGGAGCCACGUGACAGCUCCACAACCAGCAGCCCUGGAGCAGCGGGCAGCCCCCCCACCCCCGCCUGCACCCCCACUCCCCGGCUCCCCGACUGUGCCCCCCCCUCCUCCACCUCCACCCCUGCCAGGCCUGGGGAUGUCAUUUUCUCCACCCCCCCCAUUGCCUGGCUCUUCUGGGACCUCACCCCCGCCACCUCCACCGCUCCCCGGCACAGGGUGCCUCCCUCCACCCCCACCCCUGCCAGGCUCCAGCCCCCCUGCAAUGGGUGCCAUGGAAGAGAUCAUCGUGGCCCAGGUGGACCAUAGCCUGGGGUCCGCCUGGGUCCCAGUCCACCGGCGGGUAAACCCACCCACACUGCGUAUGAAGAAGCUGAACUGGCAGAAGCUGCCAUCCAACGUGGCCCGAGAGCACAGCUCCAUGUGGGCCCUGCUGAGCAGCCCGGACGCCGACCUGGUGGAGCCCGACUUCUCCCAGAUCGAGCAGCUCUUCUCCUUCCCCGAGGCCAAGCCCAAGGGGGCAGCUGCAGCCCCGGCCAGGAGGGAGCCCAGGGAGAUCACAUUCCUGGACCCCAAGAAGAGUCUGAACCUCAACAUCUUCCUGAAGCAGUUUAAAUGCUCCAACGAGGAGGUCACCACUAUGAUCCGGGCUGGGGAUACCACCAGGUUUGACGUGGAGGUCCUCAAACAGCUCCUCAAGCUCCUUCCUGAGAAGCACGAGAUUGAGAACCUGCGCUCCUUCAGGGACGAUCAGGCCAAGCUAGCCAGCGCUGACCGGUUCUACCUCCUCCUGCUGGGCAUCCCCUGCUACCAGCUGCGGGUGGAGUGCAUGCUGCUGUGUGAGGGCACGGCCGUCAUGCUGGACAUGCUGCAGCCCAAGGCCCAGCUGGUGCUCGCCGCCUGCAAUAGCCUGCUCACCAGCCACCAGCUGCCUGUCUUCUGCCAGCUGAUCCUGCAAAUUGGAAACUUCCUCAACUACGGCAGCCACACUGGGGACGCCGACGGCUUCAAGAUCAGCACGCUGCUGAAGCUCACGGAGACCAAGUCCCAGCAGGGCCGCGUGACACUACUGCAUCACCUGCUGGAGGAGGUGGAGAAGAGCCACCCGGACCUCCUGCAGCUGCCCCGGGACCUGGAGCAGCCCUCCCGGGCGGCAGGGAUCAACCUGGAGAUCAUCCGCUCAGAGUCCAGUACCAACCUGAAGAAGCUUCUGGAGAUGGAGCAGAGGGUGACCUCGUCCGUCCCCGAGGUGCAGGAGCAGUACGGCGAGCGCCUGCAGACCAGCAUUGCGGCCUCCCAGGCACUGGACAAGGUGCUCCAGGCCAUCGAGCAGAAGAAACAGGAACUGGCCAGCUACCUGUGUGAGGACGCCCAGCAGCUGUCCCUGGAGGACACGUUCAGCACCAUGAAGGCUUUCCGGGACCUCUUCAUCCGCGCCCUGAAGGAGAACAAGGACCGGAAGGAGCAGGCGGUGAAGGCCGAGAAGAGGAAGCAGCAGCUGGCACGGGAGGAGGCGCGGAGGCCUCGGGGCGAGGAUGGCACGCCCGGCAGGAAGGGCGGCGGCAAGCCGGAGGAGGUAUGUGUCAUCGACGCCCUGCUGGCCGACAUCAGGAAGGGCUUCCAGCUGCGGAAGACGGCACGGGGCCGAGGCGACACGGAGUGGGGCAGCAAGGCCGCGCCCCCAGACACCCUGAGGAGCAAGGCACCUGCAGCCGCGAGUGACCCCCGAGGAGGCCUCACGGGAGGCACCAGCUGCCCCACCUCUGAGCCUGUUCUGGGCUCUGCAGUGGCUGGGCAGCCCCCAAGCUGGGACCUUAUGGACGCCACCACCCCCAGCCCUCAGCCCACCAGAGACGGGCCAGAGGAGGGCAGGCCUGGGCCCCUAGAGAGGUGCUCUUCCUGGUACAUCGAUGCCACUGACGUCCUGACCGCAGAGGACCCCCAGGGUGUCCGGCCCUCUGCAGGGGCCUGGCCGGUGGUGCUGGAAGACACCCAGGCCCUGAAGCCCCUCAAGUUCUCCGGUGACAAGCCCCCUGGGGCCACAGGUUCCAGCCAAGACACCAAGGGCCCCGCAGCCCCACAAGGCGUCCGCCAGGCCGAGGCCGACCGCGCAGGCGAGGGUCCGGAGUGUGCCGCUCCGUGUGGCCCCGGCAGGGGUGGAGACAGGGACGAGGAGGACACAGCCCCAGAUUCUGCGCUGGACACAUCUCUGGACAGGUCUUUCUCCGAGGACGCCGUGACUGACUCCUCAGGGUCCAGCCCUCUCCCGAGGGCCCAGGGCCGCGCCUCAAAGGGGGGGGCCGGCAAGAGAAGGAAGAGACGCCCCCCAAAGAGACAGGAAGAGGUUGCCCCUGACUCUGACGAUAAUAAAACAAAAAGCCUGUGUGUGACCCAGUAAGGCCCCAGGCCCAAAGCGAAGUGAGAGUGCCCACAGCUGGCCUCCACACGCAGCGAGCCGCUGGACAUGCUGCUGAGCGGGGCUCCUCUGGGGCCAGGCUGAGACCGGGCCCCUGGGAAACCGAAUCUCCGUGCCUUACCCAGCCAGGGACAUCCUCUCAGCCUUCUUGGGGCAUUGUGCCUGGGACCCCGCCUGGUGCCCUCAUGACCGCCUGCAUGCCCUCGGCCCCUCAUGGUCUGCUUGCUGAACACCAACACCCAGGCCCACACUGGGGCACCCGCCGUGGGGCCGGGUCAGGUGGCUGUGUUCCUGGGGUGCCUGAAGCAUGCUCCCCCAUCUGGGGGCCUGGCACCCAGAUUCUUUUGGAGACAGGCCCUCGCAGACCCCUCCCCAUGAAGCCAGGCAGUGCAGAAGCCUCACUGCCCCCCUAAGGGCCCCACUCAGCUGGACUGGAGCAGACUGGUUUUUACCCAAAAUAUGUUUGUUUCUGCCUUUCUGCUGUCCUGUGAUGGCUUAGCUGGGGACAGCUGGUCACGUGGGGGGGACCGAGGGCCUUGGGCGGGCCAGGGUCUUCCUCAGUGGGUUGGGGGGUUCCCACGGCCCCAUCCCGCUGUGCCCAGCCCUGCACGGGGGAGGUGUAGGCCCUGGCUGCCAGACUCUGUAGCCAGGGCCUGGGCCCCCGCCUCCCCCGCCCCAGGUGUGUGCUGCCACGUGAAGGCUGGAGGGCUUUGACCAAUAAAAAGCAAAGUUGGCCCAGCA